AUGGGGGGCAGACUUGGUGUCACAGUUGCUGCCUUUGCCACAGCAAUUCUCCACACAACAUUUGCGCAAAGUCCAACAUCUUCGCAAUCAAAUGCUACCGCAAGUUAUCGUUCCGUUUAUACACUUCCCGCUUCGAUUGAUGUGAGCGCACCUGUCAUCCCAAAUAUUCAAGAUCCGCAAGCAGUCAAUCCGCAACAUGUUUGUCCGGGCUAUACGGCAUCGAAUAUCAAGCGAACUAAGUACGGAUUGACGGCAUUUUUAUCAUUAGCUGGUGAUGCCUGCAAUGUUUAUGGAACGGAUGUAGAUUUCCUCAAUAUGACAGUAGAAUAUCAAUCGAAAGAUCGUCUUCAUGUGGAAAUUGUUCCUACUUAUGUUGGACCUUCGAACAGCUCUUGGUUUAUUCUCCCAGAGUCUCUUGUAGAGAAACCAUCCAUUGAUGCCGAUGCGAACUCUGCCACUCUUGACCUUAGCUUUUUAUGGAGCAACGAUCCAACGUUUUCGUUUUCAAUCUUUCGUCAAUCCACAGGGGAUGUUCUCUUUUCCACCAACGGCACUAAGUUGAUUUACGAAAACCAAUUCAUCGAAUUUGCUAGUUCCCUGCCAGAAAAUUACAAUCUUUAUGGAUUGGGAGAAUCCAUCCAUGAAUUUCGUAUGGGCAACAAUUUUACUCGUACUUUUUGGGCCGCUGAUGUCGGUGAUAAUAUCGACGCAAACAUUUACGGCAACCAUGGAAUUUAUCUUGACACAAGAUACUACGAGGUUGAUGCAAGCACAGGAAACUUGACAUAUGUCGCAAAUGCAACGAAUGUCACCGCAGACUACGUUUCUUACACUCAUGGUGUCUAUCAGCGAAACGCCCAUGGACAAGAAGUCUUGAUGAAACCAUCAAAUAUAACAUGGAGGGCUCUCGGUGGGAGUAUUGAUCUAUAUUUCUAUGCUGGCCCAACACAAGAAAAGGUUACCAAAGCAUAUCAAAUGAGUGCAGUCGGACUCCCAGCAAUGCAACAAUAUUUUACUUUCGGAUAUCACCAAUGUCGAUGGGGUUACGCAAACUGGACUCAACUCGGCAAAGUAGUGAACAAUUUCGCAAAUUUUGGCCUCCCAUUAGAAACGAUCUGGUUGGAUAUUGAUUAUAUGAAUCAGUACCGCGACUUCGAAGUUGACCAAGUCAGAUUCGGACAUUCUGAAGGUGCUGAAUUUAUUUCAAAACUUCACGGCAACGGACAACACAUUGUUCCGAUCGUUGACUCUGCAAUAUACAUCCCUAAUCCAGAAAAUGAAACUGAUGUAUACCCUCCUUUCAAUCGUGGCAAUGAAACCGACAGUUUUAUGUUGAAUCCCGAUGGCAGUUUAUACAUAGGAAGUGUAUGGCCUGGGUACACAGUCUUUCCUGAUUGGAUUGGAUCUGUGUUAAAUGGCACUGGAGCACACCAAUGGUGGUCAGACGAGCUGACCGCAUGGCAUUCAAACUUUUCAUUUGAUGGCAUCUGGAUUGACAUGAGUGAAGUCUCUUCUUUCUGUGUUGGAUCAUGCGGUAGCGAUAAUCUUACUCUCAAUCCCGUUCAUCCACCGUUCCUUCUACCUGGCGAACCAGGGAAUAUCGACUUUACCUACCCAGAAGGAUUUAAUCUUACCAAUGCUACUGAAGCCGCAGCUGCAUCCUUUGCCUCUGUCAGUCAGUCCUCUACUUACGCUACAUCAACCGCGUUAUUAUCGUCCUCAUCCACGAGCUACAUCCGCACAACACCUACACCAGGAGUUCGCGAUAUAGUUUACCCUCCGUACACCAUCAACAAUGUCUUAGGCUCAUUGGAUGUUCAUGCCGUGUCACCAAAUGCAACACAUCACGGUGGGACACAAGAAUACGACUAUCAUAAUUUGUUUGGGCACCAAAUUCUGAAUGCAACUUAUAAUGCCCUCCUCAAUAUCUCUCCAUCCAAACGUCCAUUUAUCAUUGGACGUUCUACUUUUGCAGGAUCCGGAAAAUGGGCUGGACAUUGGGGGGGUGACAAUUACUCUCUGUGGGCCUACAUGUUCUUAUCCAUCCCCCAAGCUCUGUCAUUCUCUUUGUUUGGAAUUCCUAUGUUUGGCGCAGAUACAUGUGGCUUCUCUGGAAAUUCUGACGAAGAACUCUGCAAUCGCUGGAUGCAAGUCUCUUCGUUUUUUCCUUUUUACCGAAAUCAUAAUACUUUGGGCGCCCCCUCUCAGGAACCUUAUGUGUGGGCAUCUGUCAUCGAUGCAACUAAGGCAGCCACUACAAUCAGAUAUACUCUCUUACCAUAUAUCUAUACUAUAUUCUACCUGGCUCAUUCCACUGGCUCAACCGUGAUGCGCGCUCUUGCCUGGGAAUUUCCUAAUGACCCCACUCUAGCGUCUGCGGAUCGACAAUUCUUAUUCGGCCCAGAUAUCAUGGUGACACCCGUGUUAGAACAAGGCGCUACUACCGUCGACGGUGUAUUCCCGGGAUCAGGAAAAGGGCAGGUCUGGUAUGAUUGGUAUAAUCAAUCUGCUAUCACUUCAUCUCCCGGUCAAAACAUCACAAUUGAUGCACCACUUGGUCAUAUUCCUGUUUACAUUCGAGGUGGCGCCAUUCUUCCUAUUCAAGAGCCUGCAUUAACGACUCGUGAAUGUAGAAAUAAUCCAUGGGGCUUGUUGAUUGCAUCCAGCUUAGAAGGGACUGCUAGUGGUGAGCUUUACCUAGAUGAUGGAGAAUCUCUAGCCCCAAAUGCUACUUUUUGGGUCGAAUUCUCAAUGACGCAGAAUUCACUUCAUGCAUCAGGUCGAGGUAGUUACGUUGACAAUAAUCCACUGGCAAACAUCACCAUCAUGGGCAUUUCGUCAAGUGUUAAUAACGUUACACUGAAUGGUGCUAGUCUUACCAGUGGAUGGACAUAUAAUUCUACCAGUCAAUUACUCGACAUCAAAGAAUUGUCUGAUGUCACUAGUGAUGGAGCAUGGAGCAGUGAUUGGGUGUUGAGGUGGGCUUGA